AUGGGGCUCCGUGGGUGGACAGCGCCCCCACGAGCUGGUUUCCACUAUUCCUGCGCCCCUCUGACAGCGACGUCUGGAAGCUGGGAGACUGUCGGCCCGUUGCUUACCGCCGAGGUUCUGCUAGAGCCUUCCCCAUACCUGGGGCAUCUGUGGGCCCAGGGUCCCUGCAUGGCGAAGGCCCUGGGGGAACCUGCCCUGGAGGAGCCCCCAAAGCCUGCCCUGAAGGAGCCCCUGAGGGAGCCUGCCCUGGAGGAGGCUCUGGGGGACUCUGCCCUGGAGGAGGCUCUGGGGCACUAUCAACGGAGUCUCAGGGAACGUGCCAACAGAAGCAUUCACCAACUGAAAUGUGCCCUUCAGGAAAGUGAUAUCAUAGUUGGGGAAGAUGAAUUUGAACAUGAAGAAUCCUGUAGUGAAACUGGCACUGAGGACAGUGGGGCCACUUGGCAUGAACUACAGCAUAGCCAUGCAGUUAACCAACUUAAAGCCUUAUUAAAUCAGCAGAGCAGCAAGGAAAGUGAAGUAUUCUCACCAAAAAGGAAAAUAUCACCUUUGAAAACAUCAGAAAAUGAAAAUAGCAGUGUGCCUGCCCUAUUUGAUCUUGUUCCCGUCAUUAAUGAUCAAUCCCAAUAUAUUCAUCAUUUAGAGGCAGAAGUGAAGUUUUGUAAGGAAGAACUAUCUGGAAUGAAGGAUAGAAUACAUGUAAUUGUGCUUGAAAAUGCAAAACUUCAGGAAGAGUUGAAAUCCAGAUCAGCAGAGCAGAAAAUUGGGCAAAUCUUUAUGGAUUCCUCUGAAAAUCCUCAGAAUUCUUGGAUUAAGCCAGUUGAUGAUUUCAGAAUGUGUCAAACUAGCAAGUCACAUGUUAUUUUAACUGAUCUUGAACAGGUCAAAUCAACCACUUCUGAUCUGGAAAAAUGGCAACUAGAACUUGAAAGAUUAAAACUUAUUUAUGAAGAAAAGAAUGAAAUAUUAGAAUCUCAAGUCAAGACACUGAGCAAAGACUUGUCUGAAUCUCAGAAAAAUUGUGAAGACCUCAAGGGGAGACUAAGGCAUCAAGAAGCUCUCCACGCAACUUCUAACCGUGUUGGUGGUCUUUGUAUAAAAUGUUCUCAACAUGAAGCUGUUCUCGCUCAAACCCAUACUAAUGUUCAUGUACAGACCAUUGAAAGACUGACCAAGGAAAGAGAUGAAUUAAUGUCUGCACUAGUUACAGUCAGGAAGACUUUGUCAGAGAUGCAGCAAAUGGAAUCCAGUGCCUAUGAGCAAGUGAAACAGGCUGUGCUGAUGACAGAAGAAUCCAACUUUGAAAAAACAAAGGCUUUAAUUCAGUGUGAACAGUUAAAGACUGAGCUGGAGAGACAGAAGAGUCGAUUUGAAAGAGAACUCAUAGUCCAGCAAGAGAAACGACUCGGUGAAAAGGAAGUCUUGAGACAAGAGAUGAAAAAAGAACGGGAAGACCUGGGAGCAACGAUGCUCGCAUUAUCUCAGAAUAUGGCUCAACUAGAAGCUCAGGUGGAGAAAGUUACAAGAGAGAAGCUCUCAAUCUCUAAUCAAUUAGAAGAAGCUCAAAAACAACUGGCUUGUCAUGAUGUGGACCUCACAGAGGUGUGUGGAGAAAUGCGCUAUCAGUUGAAUCAAACCAAAAUGAAGAAGGAUGAGGCAGAAAAGGAGCACAGAGAGUACAGAACAAAAACUCUAAGGGAGCUUGAAAUUAAAGACCAGGAAAUAGAGAAACUGAAAUUAGAACUGAAUGAAAGCAAACAGCGUAUUGAACAAGCACAGCAGGAUGGAGCAAGAGCCAGAGAUGAGUGCAUAAAACUGACAGAACUGCUGGGCAAAACUGAGCACCAACUGCACCUCACCAGGCUGGAAAAAGAAAGCAUUCAGCAGAGCUUUAGCAGCAACGCAAAGGCCCAAGCCCUUCAGGCCCAGCAAAGAGAGCAGGAGCUGACACAGAAGAUGCAGCAAAUGGAAGCCCAGCAUGAUAAAGCUGAAAGUGAACGAUUUUCAUUGCUGAAGUCCCAGAAUACAUUUAUGGCAAAGUUGAAAGAAGAAUGCUGUAUGUUAGCCGAGAAAUUGGAAGAAAUUACUGACAAAAGCAGGUGUGAAGUUUCCCAUCUUACUGAGGAAAACAAAUACAUGAUGGACAAACUGGGAAAGCUGCAGAAAAGAAAUAAUGAAUUGGAAGAUCAGUGUAUCCAGCAUGGAAAAGUACACGAGAGAAUGAAGCUAAGGUUAAACCAGCUGGAUAGACACUGCCAGACCACUGCCCAACAACUGGUACUACUCCUCAAGAAACAGAACGAGCUUUUUAUGGAGCGGCAGAACCUAACAGAAGAGGUGCAGAGCCUGAAAUUCCAGUUGCUCAGCGCACCACAAUCUAAUUGCAGACCUGGAUGAAACAGAAAUAAACCGUUUGCAGAGAUGUUUACAUUCAUCUGUUUUGUGUCUUACUAUGCCACAAUGCAUCAUGAAACUGUUAGUGUAAUGCCUCUUGCCAGGCUCCAGUGGAACUGGGGUCAUGUCAGUUUCCUAGAGUGCUUCCUUCAAUGUGGAUGGGCUGGAAUUGAGGUUUGACAUUAGCUAAGGAAAGCGUGCUUUGUGUGCCCAGCUUGGACCACUGGUUUGAAGUUACUUUUGUAAUGAUCACUUGUAUACUUUUAUUAUGUGGAUGAAAUUCAAUAAAAUUGACCUUUUUUUAGUCUCUAGUCCUAAUGUUACUUUUUUACCUUGUGGUGAUUUGACACCAAAACCCCCCCCCCAAAACAAAACAAAAACAAAAACAAACCACGUUUCAAAGAAGUGAUAUUGUAACAAAGGACAGAUCUACUUCCCAUGCCAACCCUCCUUCCCCAUUUUUUUUCUUUCAUUGUGGCAUAGCCUAGUUUCUUCCCACUUGCUACCCUUGAUCAACAUCUUCGAAGACUCUGUAUCCAAUAAUAAUCCUGUUGGUUAGUUCACUGUUAUGAGAGCUCAGGGAGAAAUUUGCACAAAGUACAACAUGGUCUCAGUCACUGGAUAUAGAAUUUAGAAGAUUGUAGAAUUCACCACAGGAUUAUAAUCAAGUUAAUCAUCUUAAAAAAGUAUAAAAUAUAAUCAACUCAAUCAAGUGAAAGGACCUAGCCCAACCACUGCUUUUACAGAUGUGUCAAUUUAGGCCAAAGAAAAGGAUUAAGUGACUCAAUCAAGUAACAGAAAUUUAUGCUACUGGAGGCUCAACACUUGGACAUUUUGAAAUGAAAGAAAUGUCAGAUUGUAGCAUUUGAACAUUUUAUAGGAACACAGAUUUAGAUCUGGAAAGCCCUUGAAGGUUACUACUCCAAACCCCCUUCAUUUUAUGGAUGAGGAACUGAAGACCAGUAAUGGGAAAUGACUUACCCUGGGUGACACAGUCAAAUGACUGAGCGAGGAUUUAACCAAGGGUCUUCUGACUCCAAAUGCAGCACUUUUUCUUCUUUGGAGAAGCACUUAAAGAGACAGAAUCCAAGGCUGGAGCUGAAGACUAUCAUUCAUUCACUUUUGGGUUGUUCUGAUGCCCCAAUCUUUGGCCAGUAAUUAAAAAAAAAAACUUUGGUUGUAAUACAAAAAAGCUAUCUUUAGUCAAAAACUGAUCCAGGUCAGGUUUGCAGGUAGUGACCUGAACAUGUCCAGAGAAUAUUUGACUCUGUGUCUAUAAAUGUCAAAGCCUAAAACAGUGGUUGUUCUAUUCAGGUUCAGGAAAAAAUUUCAGGCUCUGUCCUGAAGAAACCCUUUGAGAUAGUCCUGUGGAAUAGUUCAAUUGUCCUUAAUUUUGCUCCAACAACAUAGUUUUAAAAAUAGCCACUUUAAAUAUCUUGUUUUAGCAGAAUCCUUGGGGACAUUUUUUAUUUGGGUCUGCUGAACUCCAGAGGUUCAAGAAAGCAGAUGUGAGAAUGUCUUAAGAUCUGAUUCGAUAAUAUGCAUUCCUUAAAUGCUUUUGAAGGUAACUGGCCCCAAAGGCUAUGCUUUUUUGUGUGUGGCCCAGUCACAAGAAUUGUGCUAGUUUACACAGUUCAGUAUUUGAGAUAAAACAAACUAGCAACAGUCAGGUAGAAGAUUAUAGAUCCCUUGGAGUCUCCUUCCAGAAGGAUUCUACAUGUGAAUUGGAGUACACUCCUGCUGACCUACAUACAAAUCUGUCACGUACUAUGAAAGCCUUUAAAUAUCCAAUAAAGAGUAGAGACUAAGACAGUACACCCUCAAAGAU